AUGAAGGAUCCCUUGCAGCAAGACAUUUGCUUCGCUGAAAAUGAGGAGAUCAUGGAGGAAGUACAAAGUGCUGAACUGCAAAAUUUUUUAAACCAAACUCCCAAGUUGCCAAUGAAGCGACAAGUCCAAGAACAACGAGAGUUGAAUGGUAAAAGUACUAAACAGGAUGAUCCUUCUAGUAUUACUCCAAAAAUAAUGCAAGCUAAGAAACAUCCAUGCGUUCGAGAGUUUAAGCCUGGUCCAAAAUGGUACAAUAGUUCCCUUAUGGAGGGUAACAUGAAUUAUACAGCUCCUUAUGUUCCUCCACAUCGGCGCAACAAGCAAGGUGCUCUAAAUAUGGCUGGUUCAUGUUCAAGGCCCCCAUAA